GGGAGCCCGAGCCCCGCGGCGCGCGAGUCGGUGGCGAGCUGAGGAAGCGAGGCGGGAGGUGGAGCCGACCGGCGAGGGACCGUGCCGGAGGAAAGGAGCGGGGACGCUGGUUCCGGCCUGAGGAGACGCCGAGAGGACGUGGGCGAGGCGAUGCCCGGCUCGGACCUGCUGGCGCUGAAGGCCUUUGAGCCCUACUUUGAGAUUUUGGAAGCAUACUCCACGAAAGCCAAGAAUUAUGUUAAUGGGCACUGCACCAAAUACGAACCCUGGCAGCUGAUUGCAUGGAGUGUCCUCUGGACUCUGCUGUUGGUCUGGGUUUAUCAGUUUGUCUUCCAGCCUGAGAGCUUGUGGUCAAGAUUUAAAAAAAAAUGGUUUAAGCUCACCAGAAAGAUGCCUAUUAUUGGCCGCAAGAUUGAAGACAAGUUGAACCAGACCAAGGAUGAUAUUAGCAAGCACUUGUCCUUCCUGAAAGUGGACAAGGAGUAUGUGAAAGCCUUGCCCUCCCAGGGUCUGAGCUCAUCUGCAGUUCUGGAGAAACUCAAGGAGUACAGCUCUAUGGAUGUCUUUUGGCAAGAAGGGAAGGCCUCUGGAGCAGUGUACAGUGGCGAGGAGAAGCUCACUGAGCUGCUCAUCAAGGCUUACGGAGACUUUGCAUGGAGUAACUCACUACAUCCAGAUAUCUUCCCAGGAUUGCGUAAGAUAGAAGCUGAGAUUGUGAGAAUGGCUUGUUCCCUCUUCAAUGGGGGACCGGAUUCCUGUGGGUGUGUGACCUCAGGGGGCACAGAAAGCAUACUGAUGGCCUGCAAAGCUUAUCGGGACCUGGCUCUAGAGAAGGGGAUCAAAACUCCAGAGAUUGUGGCUCCCCAGAGUGCUCACGCCGCAUUUGACAAGGCAGCCUGCUAUUUCGGCAUGAAGAUUGUGCGGGUUCCGCUGAACAAGAUGAUGGAGGUGGAUGUGCGGGCGAUGAGGAGAGCCAUUUCCAGGAACACAGCCAUGCUCGUCUGCUCUGCUCCACAGUUUGCUCACGGCGUGAUAGAUCCCAUCCCCGAGGUGGCCAAGCUGGCUGUCAAAUACAAAAUCCCUCUGCAUGUAGACGCAUGUCUGGGCGGCUUCCUCAUCGUCUUUAUGGAGAAAGCAGGGUACCCACUGGAGCAGCCAUUCGACUUCCGGGUGGAAGGUGUGACCAGCAUUUCAGCUGAUACCCAUAAGUAUGGCUACGCCCCCAAAGGCUCUUCUGUGGUGCUGUACAGUGAGAAGAAGUACAGGAAUUACCAGUUCUUCGUUAGUACGGAUUGGCAGGGCGGCAUCUAUGCCUCCCCAAGCAUCGCAGGCUCACGGCCUGGGGGCAUCAGUGCAGCCUGUUGGGCUGCCUUGAUGUACUUCGGGGAGAACGGCUACGUUGAAUCUACUAAGCAGAUCAUCAAAACUGCUCGCUUCCUCAAGUCAGAACUGGAGAAUAUCAAAGGCAUCUUUGUUUUUGGGAAUCCUCAAUUGUCAGUCAUUGCUCUGGGCUCCCGAGAAUUUGACAUCUUCCGACUUUCUAACAUGAUGACUGCUAAGGGGUGGAACUUGAACCAGUUACAGUUUCCGCCCAGUAUUCAUUUCUGCAUCACAUUAGUACACACCCGGAAGCGAGUAGCCAUACAGUUCCUGAAGGACGUCCGGGAGUCUGUCACACAAAUCAUGAAGAAUCCUAAAGCAAAGACCACAGGAAUGGGUGCCAUCUACGGCAUGGCCCAGGCAAUCGUCGACAGGAAUUUGGUUGUGGAAUUGACGUCGGUCUUCCUGAACAGCCUGUACAGCACAGACACAGUGACCCAGGGCCCCCAGAUGAAUGGUUCUCCAAAGCCCCGCUGAGCCUGGACCCUUUCUAGCCCCAGGGGCUUCUGGCCUUCAGAAGGUUCUGGGGGUACGGAAUAGCCAUGUACAACUUUGACCUCUGGUCUUGGCCCAGAGCACAACCAGAUAGACCGCAAGACAGCUUGAACCUCA